GUUGGAGGAAAUGUGGACUGGAAGCAGAUAGCAAGUAUUCAGGAAUCCAUUGGAGAAACCAGUUCUCAAAGUGUUGUUGUUGCUGUAGACAGAAUAUUCACAGGGUCUACAAGGCUAGAUGGAAAUGCUAUUGUGGAUUUUGUUCGUUGGCUCUGUGCUGUGUCUAUGGAUGAAUUACUUUCUACUACACACCCAAGAAUGUUUAGUCUACAAAAAAUAGUAGAAAUAUCAUAUUACAACAUGGGAAGAAUAAGAUUGCAGUGGUCUCGAAUUUGGGAAGUUAUUGGAGAUCAUUUUAAUAAGGUUGGCUGUAAUCCUAAUGAAGAUGUAGCUAUUUUUGCAGUAGACUCCUUGAGACAAUUGUCAAUGAAGUUCUUAGAAAAAGGGGAGCUUGCUAAUUUUAGAUUCCAGAAGGAUUUCUUAAGACCUUUUGAACAUAUAAUGAAACGGAACAGGUCUCCAACAAUUCGAGAUAUGGUUGUACGGUGUAUAGCACAGAUGGUUAAUUCUCAAGCUGCUAACAUUCGGUCUGGAUGGAAGAACAUAUUCUCUGUGUUUCAUCUAGCUGCAUCUGAUCAAGAUGAAAGCAUAGUGGAACUUGCAUUCCAAACAACAGGGCACAUUGUCACACUUGUAUUUGAAAAACACUUUCCAGCGACCAUUGAUUCUUUCCAGGAUGCCGUGAAGUGUUUGUCCGAAUUUGCAUGCAAUGCAGCUUUCCCAGACACAAGCAUGGAAGCAAUUCGACUUAUUCGCCAUUGUGCAAAAUAUGUGUCUGAUAGACCUCAGGCUUUCAAGGAAUACACAAGUGACGAUAUGAAUGUGGCACCUGAAGACAGGGUGUGGGUGAGAGGAUGGUUCCCAAUUCUCUUUGAGUUAUCCUGUAUCAUCAAUAGAUGCAAAUUAGAUGUAAGAACCAGGGGUUUAACAGUAAUGUUUGAAAUAAUGAAAACAUACGGCCACACUUACGAAAAACACUGGUGGCAGGAUUUAUUUAGAAUUGUUUUCAGAAUCUUUGACAAUAUGAAAUUGCCAGAACAGCAGACAGAGAAAGCUGAAUGGAUGACAACAACUUGCAAUCACGCACUUUAUGCAAUCUGUGAUGUAUUCACCCAGUAUUUAGAAGUACUCAGUGAUGUACUUUUGGAUGAUAUUUUUGCCCAGCUAUACUGGUGUGUGCAGCAAGACAAUGAACAGUUGGCACGAUCUGGUACAAACUGCUUAGAGAAUGUUGUUAUUCUGAAUGGUGAAAAAUUUACCCUAGAAAUCUGGGAUAAAACCUGUAACUGCACACUGGAUAUCUUCAAAACCACAAUCCCACAUGCGCUUUUGACCUGGCAUCCCACUUCUGGAGAAACUGCUCCACCACCUCCAUCUCCUGUGAGUGAAAAACCAUUGGAUACAAUAUCACAGAAAUCUGUAGAUAUCCAUGAUUCUAUUCAACCAAGAUCUGCAGAUAAUAGACAGCAAGGACCGUUGGUCUCUGCCUCUACUGUGAAUGAAGAAAUCAACAAACUUAAAUCUACAGCAAAAUUUCCAGAACAAAAAUUGUUUGCUGCCCUGUUGAUUAAAUGUGUUGUGCAGCUGGAGCUUAUCCAGACUAUCGACAACAUUGUGUUCUUCCCAGCCACAAGUAAAAAGGAAGAUGCGGAAAACUUAGCUGCAGCCCAGAGAGAUGCAGUGGACUUUGAUGUUCGAGUUGAUACUCAAGACCAAGGAAUGUACCGCUUUUUAACGUCACAACAACUUUUUAAGCUACUGGAUUGUUUAUUAGAGUCACAUAGAUUUGCAAAAGCAUUCAAUUCCAACAACGAACAAAGGACUGCUCUAUGGAAAGCAGGUUUCAAAGGCAAGUCCAAGCCCAACCUUCUGAAGCAGGAGACAAGCAGCCUGGCCUGUGGGCUGCGCAUUCUCUUCCGGAUGUACAUGGACGAGAGCCGGAUUAGUGCCUGGGAGGAGGUCCAGCAGAGGCUUUUAAACGUCUGCAGUGAAGCACUAAGUUACUUCCUCACUCUAACAUCAGAAAGUCAUCGGGAAGCCUGGACUAAUUUACUGCUUUUGUUUCUAACUAAAGUUCUAAAGAUAAGCGAUAACAGGUUUAAAGCUCAUGCAUCAUUCUACUACCCUCUCUUAUGUGAAAUUAUGCAAUUUGACUUGAUUCCUGAACUUCGUGCUGUUCUUAGAAGAUUUUUUCUGCGAAUUGGAGUUGUUUUUCAGAUAUCACAACCACCUGAACAGGAACUUGGAAUAAACAAGCAAUGAUGGAAACUUAAUAUUUUUCUGUUGGCGUUUACAUCCCUCCGCUCUUUAAAAGGACCCUGGAGCUGAGGUUUCCUACCUGAAAAAUGGUUUCUCAUUUCUAUGAAUUGCAGUGUCUGAGGGUUACUGGUAAAGAUGCUUAGAACUAUAACUCAAACUUGAACACUCCAGUCCCUUUUUUGUAGUCUGGUGAAUUCUGUGUGACCUGUUGGGCUCAUGUUGAGCAGAAAGGCUGUUUAAGCAGUGUCAGCUUAUACACACGGGUCCUUCCCUGUCCUCUGCAACAGGGUGAGCCCCACAUAUUUUUGGCAGGUGUGGAAGUGAAACUUACCCAAAGAACUAUAGAUGUAAAGAUUGAACUUCUGCAAGAAGUACAACUCAGGAGAGCUGUAUUUUGAAGGAUAAAAUGUUUAUAAUUGGGGGGUGGGGGAAGAAAAAAAAUAUUGUUCAUGGUAAAAGAUAUUUAGGAACUAUGGUAUUCUUACUCUGAAGAUUUUUGCACACUCAGGCUAUCUGAGAUACUGGUAAUUAUCCUUCUGUGAAAAAUGUACAGAAAUGCAGGUCUGUAAUAAAAAUCUUAAACAUUAUAUAGUUCUUCCUGCACUGUUUUCUUUAUUUUCUUAUUCAUCUGCUAAAUACCCAUAAUAUUUUGUCAAAGGCACUAAACACUUGGAUUGAACUUUUUUUUAUUUUGCGGGUAGUUUUGCCCUUUUGGGGGGGGGGGUUGGUAAUUUUGAGGGUUUAACAUGCCCAGAAGCCAUUGUGGCUAAGCACUUGUCAAGAUCAACAACAGGAAAAAAAAAAAAGUAGAAAAUACCCCUACUGACAGUCACUACCUGUAAUAUACUUCUCUUAGGGCUUUUAAAAAUGAGCCAUUAAAAUAGAAUGGUCCUUCAUGGACCAAAACUUGAAUCACUGCAAAAUGAAUCUAGGUUGCUGUCACUUUCUUUUCUUUUCUUUUUUGGUGGCGGGGCUUGAUGUAGAUUUUACUCUAUGUACAGAAUUUAAUGUUGAAUAUAUUAAAAUAAAACUGGCAUGGGUUUGCAGAGGUUAGAUUUACUGGAAAUGUAUUCAUACUGUGAAUUGUGCUCUGAUGGUUAAAAGACAAAAUUGUCAAGCAUUCCGUAUUAACAGUGGAUGUAGAAAAUUUUUUCAGAUGGAUAAAAUGUAUAUGGUACAGAUGUAAAGUUUUCUAUGUAAAAAAAUUCUGUACAACUUUCUGUAUAAUAUUGAUUCUCAUCUGGCAUAGUCUAAUCAGGUUAUAGGUCAAUAAAGUUUUUGAAUUAUUUCGUCAGUGCAAUCAAAA